CGUAGUCGCUGCAGCCGCCGCCGCCGCCGCCGCCGCCACAUUCAACAGGCAGCAGCGCUGCGGUCGCGAGGCCGCGAAGAGCAAGCGGCCCUCGCGGUCUGUCGUCCUUCCGUCCUUCCGUCCGCGGCCUUGUCAGCAGAAGCACGGCACCCGCUCUGCCCAGCCCCGCGGCUUCGGCCCGCCGUCCAGUUCGCGCAGCAAACCCGGAGGAGCCUGGAUGUUGAUGGACCCGCGAAGUUAAGUUCUGGUCUCGCUCUUCCACUCCGCCGUGCCUUCCUCUUGGUUUGCGUCCGCUAGCGACACCAACCUCGAUCCCCCAAAUCUCAGACCGGCUCUUGGCACCCCCUUCGCUUCUGUCCUUCCCCCCCCUCCGGUGCUACGUCUCCCCUUUCUUGGCGCUCCAGCGGCUGGGGGAGGGGCGGGGGUCACCAUGGCCGAAGCGCCCCAGGUGGUGGAGAUCGACCCGGACUUCGAGCCGCUGCCCCGGCCGCGCUCGUGCACCUGGCCACUGCCCAGGCCGGAGUUUAGCCAGUCCAACUCGGCCACCUCCAGCCCGGCGCCGUCGGGCGGCGCGGCCGCGAACCCCGACGCCCCAGCGGGCUUGCCCUCGGCUUCAGUGGCCGCUGUCAGUACCGACUUCAUGAGCAACCUGAGCCUGCUGGAGGAGAGCGAGGACUUCCCGCAGGCUCCCGGCUCAGUGGCGGCGGUGGUGGCGGCGGCUGCGGCUGCCGCCACCGGGGGACUGUGCGGGGACUUCCAGGGCCCGGAGACGGGCUGCCUGCACCCGGCGCCCCCGCAGCCCCCGCCGCCCGGACCGCUGCCGCAGCAUCCACCCGUACCCCCCGCCGGACCACUCGCGGGACAGCCACGCAAGAGCAGUUCGUCCCGCCGCAACGCGUGGGGUAACCUGUCCUAUGCCGACCUCAUCACCAAGGCCAUCGAGAGCUCGGCGGAGAAGAGACUAACACUGUCGCAGAUCUACGAGUGGAUGGUCAAGAGUGUGCCCUAUUUCAAAGAUAAGGGCGAUAGCAACAGUUCGGCGGGCUGGAAGAAUUCAAUUCGUCAUAAUUUGUCUCUACACAGCAAGUUCAUUCGUGUGCAGAAUGAAGGAACUGGAAAAAGUUCUUGGUGGAUGCUUAAUCCAGAGGGCGGCAAGAGUGGAAAAUCUCCCAGGAGGAGAGCUGCAUCCAUGGAUAACAACAGUAAAUUUGCUAAGAGCCGAGGCCGAGCUGCCAAGAAAAAAGCAUCCCUUCAGUCUGGCCAGGAGGGUGCCGGGGACAGCCCUGGAUCUCAGUUUUCCAAAUGGCCUGCGAGCCCUGGUUCUCACAGCAACGAUGACUUUGAUAACUGGAGUACAUUUCGCCCUCGAACUAGCUCAAAUGCUAGUACUAUUAGUGGGAGACUUUCUCCCAUUAUGACGGAACAAGAUGAUCUGGGAGAUGGGGAUGUGCAUUCUCUGGUGUACCCACCAUCUGCUGCCAAGAUGGCUUCUACUCUGCCCAGUCUGUCUGAGAUAAGCAAUCCUGAAAACAUGGAAAACCUUUUGGAUAAUCUCAACCUUCUCUCAUCCCCAACAUCAUUAACUGUUUCAACCCAGUCUUCACCUGGCAGCAUGCUACAACAGACUCCAUGCUACUCCUUUGCACCGCCAAACACCAGUCUGAAUUCACCCAGUCCAAACUACCAAAAAUACACAUAUGGCCAAUCCAGUAUGAGCCCUCUGCCCCAGAUGCCUAUGCAGACACUUCAGGACAGCAAAUCAAGUUAUAGACUGAAUCAGUACAACUGUGCACCAGGACUCUUGAAGGAGUUACUUACUUCUGACUCUCCUCCCCAUAAUGACAUUAUGUCACCAGUUGAUCCUGGGGUGGCCCAACCCAACAGCCGGGUCCUGGGCCAGAAUGUGAUGAUGGGCCCUAAUUCAGUCAUGCCAACCUAUGGCAACCAGGCAUCUCAUAACAAAAUGAUGAAUCCCAGCUCCCAUACCCACCCUGGCCAUGCCCAGCAAACAUCUGCGGUCAACGGGCCCCUGCCCCACCCCGUGAACACCAUGCCACACACCUCAGGUCUAAACCGCCUGACCCCAGUGAAGACACCUUUACAAGUGCCUCUGCCCCACCCCAUGCAGAUGAGCGCCCUGGGUGGCUAUUCCUCAGUGAGCAGCUGCAAUGGCUAUGGCAGGACCGGCAUCCUUCACCAGGAGAAGCUCCCAAGUGAUUUGGACGGCAUGUUUAUUGAGCGCUUGGACUGUGACAUGGAGUCCAUUAUUCGGAAUGACCUCAUGGAUGGAGAUACCUUGGAUUUUAACUUUGACAAUGUAUUGCCCAACCAAAGCUUCCCGCACAGUGUCAAGACGACAACACAUAGCUGGGUUUCAGGCUAAGAGUUAGCAAGCAGGCUACACUUAAGUACUUCAGUUUGUCGUGACAGCAGGAACUGAAAGAAGCAGUCCAAAGAUGUCAUUUACCCCUCCUUUUUAGUUUUCUUGACUUAAAAAAAAAAAUUCUUCCUUUUUUCCUUUCGUCAGACUUGGCAGCAGAGACACUUUUCCUGUACAGGAUGUUUGCCCAAUGUUUGCAGGUUAUGUGCUGCUGUAGAUAAGGACUGUGCCAUUGGAAAUUUCAUUACAAUGAAGUGCCAAACUCACUACACCAUGUAAUUGCAGAAAAGACUUUCAGAUCCUGGUGUGCUUUCAAGUUUUGUAUAUAAGCAGUAGCUACAGAAUUGUAUUUGUGUGUGUGUGUGUGUGUGUGUGUGUAUUGUUUUUUUCUAAAUAUUCAUUUGGUCCAAGGAAAGUUUAUACUCUUUUGUAAUAAUACUGUGAUGGUCUCAUGUCUUGAUAAGUUAAAUUUUUCUUUGUACUACCUGCAUUCUGCUGAAGUGACGAAUCACAAAGAACUGAGCUCUCCAUUGUGCGCCUCACUUGAAGCGGCUCUGGACCUGUUCACGUUGCCACAGGAUUCACAUGAGAACCAAGUAGCCUGUUAUCAAUCUGCUGAAUUAAUGGACUUUCAAACUUUUGGGGGAAAAAAAGGUUAAAUGCCAGCCUUGUACAGGUCUUUUCUAUUUUUUUGUCUGUUUAUUUUGUUAUUUGCAAAUUUGUACAAAUACUUAUAAUGGUUCUAAUUUCCAGAUAAAUGAUUUUUGAUGUUAUUGUUGGGACUUGAGAUCAUUUUUGGAAUAGAUGUCGAACUGUAAUGUUUUCUUAAAACCAGAGUCUACUUUGUUACAUUGUCAGCUUGUGAAUUUGUGGAAUCACAGGUAUUUGGGGGCAGCAUUCAUAAUUUUCAUUUUGUAUUUCUAACUGGAUUAGUACUAAUUUUAUACGUGUUUAACUGGUUUGUACACUUUGGGAUGCUACUUGGUGAUGUUUCUGACUAAUCUUAAAUCAUUGUAAUUAGUACUUGGAUACUCAACGUUUCUGGCCCUAUUUGGGCAGGAAAGUGCUAUAUAGUUAUGUACACUUUGCAUUUCGUAUUUAGAAGAACUUGAUAUGUUUUUAUGUAUGUAUUUUUAAAAACUUUCACCUGCUUCUACUACCCUGUGAACUGUGUGCACCACAUAGCGUCAAGUCUUCUGAUAGAUGCCUGUGUGUUGCGUUGUUAAAGUUAUUCCUGGGAGGCCUCAUAAUGUUUGUUGUUUAGAAAGGGAGAGUCUCAUCUAAAACUAUUUUUCUGUCUAGUUGGGGGUUUUGAUCAUCUUAACCAUUCUGAGUGGCUCUUUAGCAGAAGAUUCUUUCAUAAGUCUGUGUUACUAUUUUGGUCCAGGUGUGUGUGGCGGUGGGACGUUCUGUAGCUCUACCAUGAGGAGUCAUGUCAGUCCUCAGUCUCCAUCCCUCUACUUUUUGUCCUGCAAAGUUUAAAUGAAGGAGAAGUUUAAAAAUGGGACUCCAGAGUGCUUUGUGUUCAUAAGUACAAAUGGCCACCAAGUGAAAUAGAAGUAGUUAAAAAAAAUUGGGGCAGUUUGAAAAUCAGCUAUAGGUUGUACAUUUGUUUUAAAAGCCUUAGCUUAAAUUAAGAAUUUGAGAAUUUCUUCAACCUUUAGUACCUUAAACUAUCACUGUGACCAUUGUAUCUUAAUACUUUAUAGUUACCUAAUUUUGGCUUUGUCUCUGAUUCCAUCCAUCAGUGUUUCCAAGUCAUGUGCAAUGCCAAAAGUCAUCAAAGUGAGAACAUAACAAAGCUCUUCUCAGCUUCCUGAGAAGGCGCUGAUGUCUGUGCAUACAGCCCUCAUCAUACUGACUGCUUCUUCUUAGAUGUUAAGUCUGUCUCCAUAAGCUUAGUUUUUCCUACAUGUUAACAAGAACAUGUGUUCCUAAUAGAGUUCCCACAGUAGUCCAGCUAUGCUAUAAGCUUCUCACUGUGGCUUUUCCUAUUUCACACAUUUAUUGAGUAGCCACCCCUCUAACCAUCAGGGCUCAUUUUUAAAAACCUUAGUUCCUCCCAGCAGUGCCUCCUGCAUAUGUAAUAGAGCUUGCUGGCAUUCUCGCACUCUUGUCUCACUUCUAUUCCCACAUCUUCUCACUUUCCUCCCUCUCACACUAUUGCUUCACCAUUAUAGAAGGAGCCUCAGAACUCCUAUUCACUCAUUGUAGAGGUGGCUACAGCCAAAAUCAUUGUUAAAAUUGUACUACUGCAAAGAGUGGCUUUUGAAAGAUGUUUCGUCCCUGAUUCUGUAAAUCUCCCCCACCUCCAUUUUUCUUUGUGUCAGAAUUCUGCCAUGAAUCAUGGAUAGCUAUAUGGGGCACACUAAGUACAGGGAAAAGUGUCUUGUCUGAUUUGAAAGCAAAUAUCAUGUGGCCUCUGUGAGUUCUUUUGCUGUAAGAAUACUGACUUUCUGGAGUAAUUAGUAUAUUAUUGUACAUGAUAGCUUUGUGAAAAGUGCAAAUGAUAUCACCUAUGCAGCCUUGUUUGAUUUAUUUCCUCUGGUUUGUACUGUUAUUAAAAGCAUAUUGUAUUAUAGAGCUAUUCAGAUAUUUUAAAUAUAAAGAUGUAUUGUUUCCGUAAUAUAGAUGUAUGGAAUAUAUUUAGGUAAUAGAUGCAUUACUUGGAAAGUUCUGCUUUGACAAACUGACAAAGUCUAGGUCAAUUAGCAAAUGUUGUAUCCCAGUGAGCGGCAAAUCAAUGGAACACCCCGAGAAGAGGAUAAGGACAUUCAGAUGGAAACAGUUCUCCAAAGGUUACAAUUUGGACUUACUCAACUGCUGGAUAUGUUACCAGUAUCCCCCAACCCCCCAAAACACUUGAAAUUCUUAGUUUCAGCUCUUAAGAAUUCUUAAUUUAUAACUGAUUUUAAAUGAGAAGUUUCUCUUGUAGUUUUAGUUGGGUGUAAUCAUUCAGUUAAAAAAAAAAAAAAA